AUGCGUGCAUCAACAAAUGUUGUGGAUGUGAACGAUGAUUAUCAAGAUAACACGCCCAAUGUUAGUAGUAAAUACAAGAUAUGGACAUCGGCAAUAGUGGUAGUGUGGAUAGUGUAUGGGAUAUACACCAUACUAUUUACGAGUUCGAACAUGUGGAUUGAAAUUGUGAUUAUGAUACUAUUUGCAACACCAUCAGUUAUUGAAAUCAAGGCAUGGCAUGAUAGUGAUAGUGAUGGAGAUAAAGGAGAUAAUGAGCAUGAAAUAGAACAAAAAGAUGAUCAAAGCGCAGAUAUUGGAUAUAUUAAUCGUAUGCGCAAUUAUUACAACGGAAAUCAGGAUGAAAAUGCAACUCCAGAAAAAACAGAUAACGACAAUAUGAAUCCAGAAGAAGAUCAGAAUAAGGAUAAGAACAAAAAUAAAAAUAAUGAUAAAAAACAGAAUGCUAAUCGCAAGCAUGAAUAUAACGUUAGCAGAGAAGAAAGCAAGCAUAAUAAGCCUGGAAUUAUAUUUAGAUGGGUUUAUAUGCUGUUUAAUGUGAUAAUAUUUAUGUAUUUGUCUAUUGCAUGCAUUAUGGCGUUUAAAAAAAAGAUUGAUGAGAAGAUAUCGUUGCUAACUAUGUUUGUGCUUACAGUUGAGAGCAUGUUUCGACUGGGAUAUUCAAUGAUGGCGGAAAGUAGCAAAUUUAUACCAUUGAUAGCGUUUAUAACCAUGAGUAUUGUUUCUGUAGCAGUUUGGGUGGGAAUAGGAACAGGAUUGAUUGAUUGA